AUGAGAAAGGUUAAAGCACUGCACAGCUGCCUGCUGGCUCUGCUCCUGUUGCCGGCACUGGUGCUGGGACAUCCUCUGGACUGCAGAGAUGAACAGGGCAGUGUGGUGCGCUGUGCCUCCAUCUCUCAGGAGAAGCUCUUGGACCGGGUCAUCCAGCACGCGGAGCUCAUCUACCGUGUGUCUGAGGAAUCCUGCACACUCUUUGAAGAGAUGUUUGUCCCCUUCGAAAUGCGCUCUCCACGGAUCCGGGGUGGAAACACAUGCGUCACUCAGUCCUUCCCCAUUCCAGGCUCCAAGGGUGAAAUCCAGCAGAUCUCCGAUAAAUGGCUCCUCCACUCUGUCCUGAUGCUGGUGCAGUCUUGGAUCGAGCCCCUUGUCUACCUACAAACCACCCUGGAUCGCUAUGAUGACGCCCCCGACACACUGCUCAACAAGACAAAGUGGGUGUCAGAUAAGCUACUGAGCCUGGAACAGGGCAUGGUGGUCCUCAUUCGAAAGAUGCUGGACGAGGGCAUGUUGGUGUCCUCAGAGAAUGAGCAGAGCCUUACACACUAUGAUGUGCAGCCAGAGAUGCUAGAGUCUGUGCUGAGGGACUAUAAGCUGCUCAACUGCUUCAAGAAGGAUGCCCACAAGAUGGAGACCUUCCUCAAGCUUCUCAAGUGCCGUCAGACUGACAAAUUCAGCUGUUUCCUGUUUUAG